AGUGGCAUCCAUUUCAUUUUCGAAAGCCACCUCGCUCCAGAUUGUUUUCGAACUCGAAUGCUUGUUCAUUGAAGUUACGAUUUCGGUAUUCCAACCGAUUUUCCUGUAUAGGUUGAAUGACUCUAAAUUAAUAUAAUAAUAAUAAGUCUUUAUCUACGAAAUAGGUACUGGAAUACGAUUAUUUGGUUGUUAUAAGUGUAGUGAGCAGUGUGUUCAGGAAUUGAAAUGUGGCCGGCAUGGAUACCUAAAAAUAUACUGGUCUAUGUUGCAGUUCUAACAGCACACUUCGGAGUUUUUCUGAACGGGACUUACAUCGCAUGGACGUCGCCGGUGUUGGUCAAACUAACAUCCCUCAACGAUAAUCCCUUGGGAAGGGUCAUUUCUAACUCAGAGCAAGGAUGGCUGGUAUCCAUUGGAGUCUUGGGAAACUGGAUGGGAUCCUGUACGAGCGGAGUCUUCGCCAAAAAUUAUGGAAGGAAGACAGCGUUGAUCGUUUACACUAUACCUAGUUUAAUAUCGUACGCAACAUUUUGCAUCGCUGACACUUUCUGGCUAAUGCUGGUGGUGAGGUUAGUUGGAGGCAUCACUAGCGGUGCAAUGUUUACAGUCGAUCCGAUGUAUUUUGGGGAAGUUGCAGAACCGAAAAACAGGGGUUUAUUAGGCGGAGCUAUGAACGCCUUUUUAAAUAUAGGAAUUUUAUUCGUGUUGUGCGUCGGGCCAAGUUUUUCAUUUUUUUGGUUACACGUUAUUUUAACCGCCUGUCCCGUACUGUAUAUAAUCAUGAUGUUUCUUAUAGUCCCGGAAUCACCUUAUUAUUUGAUAGAAAGUAACGAGAAAAAAGCAGAGAACGUCCUGAAAAAAUUGAGAGGAGAAGAAGAUGUGAAAGCUGAAUUGUCACAAAUAAGAGAAUACGUCCACUGUAAAACCGAAGACACUGGUACCAUUUCCGAGAUUAUCCACAACAAGACAACAAGGAAAGCACUCAUAAUAGGAUGCGGGCUACUUAUCUUCCAACAAUGUUCUGGUGUGGGAGUCAUAAUGAGUUUUGGACAACUAAUUUUCGAAGAGGUUGGUGACUUUUUACCGAGUGACUUAAGCGCCAUCAUCUUGGGAAUAGCCCAAGUGAUAUUCAGUCUGAUGGCCCCUCCACUAACAGAUAGCUUGGGAAGAAAGAUUGUGUUGAUUUUUUCACAUUUGGGCAUGUCGCUGUCUCUCCUCCUUUUCGGUGUAUAUUUUCUGAUGAAGGAAUACGGAGCCGUUGUUCAUUCAAUAUCAUGGUUGCCGUUGACGGCUUUGGUAUUCUUCAAAUUUGCUUAUUCCGCAGGAUCUGGACAGAUACCUUUUAUAAUUAUUGGGGAAAUUUUUCCACAGAGGAUAAAGGGACCAGCGUCCUCCAUCACCAGUGUGGCUACAUCUGCAACUGCCUUAAUACUUGCCAAUUCUUAUACAAUGUUGAAAGCAUCAAUAGGAAUGGGUUACACAUUCUGGAUUUUUGCAUCCAUGGGGAUUUUCGCGACGUUAUUCAUUAUCUUCUUCGUUUUAGAAACUAAGGGAAAGAGUUUGCAACAAAUUCAAGAAGCACUUCAAAAGUCGAAGAAGACUGAUCUACGUUCCUGUAACCUCUAAGAGGUUAAUGAUUAAAAUCAAUUGCAGAGUAGCAUAUUAUAAAGAUAUUUAUACUAGAUGAGAUCUAUUUAUAGUUUUCUGUAAUGCAUCUAAUUAUUUUCA